GCGGCGGCUCGCCCUCGGUAGGAAGUGUUAUGUCAAAAUUGUCAAAAUAAGUUGUAAUUGGUGUUUUUAAUUGGGAUAAACAAAUAUUUCUGAGUAAAAAUGUCGUCAACAGAGCCACCACAGAACAAAACAUGGGAAUUAUCCCUUUACGAGUUGCACCGGACUCCUCAAGAAGUGAUAACGGACGCUACCGAAAUCGCGGUGUCCCCACGAAGCUUGCACAGCGAAUUAAUGUGUCCAAUUUGUUUGGAUAUGCUGAAGAAGACGAUGACGACGAAAGAAUGUCUCCACAGGUUCUGCUCUGAUUGCAUCGUGACCGCUCUGCGAUCAGGGAACAAAGAAUGCCCGACAUGUCGUAAGAAACUAGUGUCGAAACGUUCUCUGAGACCGGACCCUAAUUUCGACUUAUUGAUAUCAAAGAUAUAUCCCAGCAGGGAUGAGUAUGAGGCUCAUCAGGAGCGAGUGUUGGCCAAACUGAAUAUGUCUCACUCGCAGGCGUCUUUAGUGAAUUCGAUAACAGAGGGGAUCAAAUUGCAGUCUCAAAACAGGCCUCAGCGGUCGCGUAAAGCAGGCGCGGAUGAUAACAGCAGUCUGUCUAAUUCUAAUGGGGCGUCGGACGCUCAAAAUGGUAGUAGUUCGUCGGCUCCUAAGGAUGGCACUGCGACGUCAACGGGUAACCCCACACCUCCUGGGCAGUCAACGUCCAACCCCCCCUCUGUGAGGAGCACGCCAUCGCCGGUGCCGUCCAAUAUUAGCUCCAUUUCAAAAAACACGAGCAUCACUAAAAGAGCCAAGUCUGUUUUGACUUCUGAGCGCAGCGAGGAAAGUGAAUCUAGUGAUGGCAGGACAGAGGGUGAGAACUCCAUGGACACAGAGGGGGAAGGCGAGCCCCUGAACCCCAAUGAGAUUGAGCUGGUCUUCAAGCCACACCCCACAGAGAUGACCGGAGACAACCAGCUCAUGAGGGCACUGCGGGAUAGCUCUGUCAGAUACAUUAAAACUACUGCUAAUGCUUCUGUGGACCACCUGAGCAAAUACCUGGCAAUGAGGCUCACGCUGGACCUCGAUGCAGAGCUUCCUGAAGCAUACCGGUUGCUCAACUUCUGCAUAUAUGUUGCUCCAGCACCAGGGCAGUUUGUGCCACUAUCUGGCUCGCAGACCCUCCGCCAGAUUAAUGAUAAGUUUUGGAAGGUGAACAAACCACUGGAGAUGUACUACUCAUGGAAGAAGACCUAGAAGUGCAGGCAACUUGAAUCUAGAACCUAGUGAUUUAUUUUAAGCAGAUAUAUAUGUAUUUAAAACGAAAUUAUUCGAGAAUUGGACUCU